ACGGGGACUGGCAGGUGCCCGACCCUUACGGGCCAGGUGGCGGCAAUGGGGCCAGCGCGGGUUAUGGGGGCUACAGCUCCCAGACCUUGCCCUCGCAGGCGGGGGCCACCCCCACCCCUCGCACGAAGGCCAAGCUCAUCCCCACCGGCCGGGAUGUGGGGCCAGUGCCCCCCAAGCCAGUUCCAGGCAAGAGCACCCCCAAACUCAACGGCAGCGGCCCGAGCUGGUGGCCUGAGUGCACCUGUACCAACCGGGACUGGUAUGAACAGGUGAAUGGCAGCGAUGGCAUGUUCAAAUACGAGGAGAUAGUACUUGAGCGGGGCAACUCUGGCCUGGGUUUCAGUAUCGCAGGUGGCAUCGACAAUCCCCAUGUCCCUGAUGACCCUGGCAUCUUUAUUACCAAGAUCAUCCCUGGUGGAGCAGCUGCCAUGGAUGGCAGGCUGGGGGUGAAUGACUGUGUGCUGCGGGUGAAUGAGGUGGACGUGUCAGAGGUGGUGCACAGCCGGGCUGUGGAGGCACUGAAGGAGGCGGGCCCUGUGGUGCGGUUGGUAGUGCGGAGGCGACAGCCCCCACCUGAGACCAUCAUGGAAGUCAAUCUGCUCAAAGGGCCCAAAGGCCUGGGUUUCAGUAUUGCUGGGGGUAUUGGCAAUCAGCACAUCCCAGGAGACAACAGCAUCUACAUCACCAAGAUCAUUGAAGGGGGUGCUGCUCAGAAGGAUGGACGUCUACAGAUUGGAGACCGGCUGCUGGCGGUGAACAACACCAAUCUGCAGGAUGUGAGGCAUGAGGAAGCUGUGGCCUCACUGAAGAAUACAUCUGAUAUGGUUUAUUUGAAGGUGGCCAAGCCAGGCAGCCUCCACCUCAACGACAUGUAUGCUCCCCCUGACUACGCCAGCACUUUUACUGCCUUGGCUGACAACCACAUAAGCCAUAAUUCCAACCUGGGUUAUCUUGGGGCUGUGGAGAGCAAGGUCAGCUAUCCUGCUCCUCCUCAGGUUCCCCCCACUCGCUACUCUCCUAUCCCCAGGCACAUGCUGGCUGAGGAGGAUUUCACCAGAGAGCCCCGCAAGAUCAUUCUGCACAAGGGCUCCACAGGCCUGGGCUUCAACAUCGUAGGAGGAGAGGAUGGAGAAGGCAUUUUUGUCUCCUUCAUCCUGGCAGGAGGCCCCGCUGACCUGAGUGGGGAGCUGCGCAGGGGAGACCGGAUCUUAUCGGUGAAUGGAGUGAACUUGAGGAAUGCAACUCACGAGCAGGCUGCAGCCGCUCUGAAACGGGCUGGCCAGUCAGUCACCAUUGUGGCCCAGUACAGACCUGAAGAGUACAGUCGCUUUGAAUCGAAGAUACAUGACUUGAGAGAACAAAUGAUGAACAGCAGUAUGAGCUCUGGGUCUGGGUCCCUUCGAACAAGUGAGAAGAGGUCUUUGUACGUCAGGGCCCUGUUUGAUUAUGAUCGGACUCGGGACAGCUGCCUGCCAAGCCAGGGGCUCAGCUUCUCUUAUGGUGAUAUUCUGCAUGUCAUUAAUGCCUCUGAUGAUGAGUGGUGGCAGGCAAGGCUGGUGACCCCACAUGGAGAAAGUGAGCAGAUUGGUGUGAUCCCCAGUAAGAAGAGGGUGGAAAAGAAAGAAAGAGCUCGAUUGAAAACCGUGAAGUUCCAUGCCAGGACAGGGAUGAUUGAGUCUAACAGGGACUUCCCGGGGUUAAGUGACGAUUAUUAUGGAGCAAAGAACCUGAAAGGACAAGAGGAUGCUAUUUUGUCCUAUGAGCCAGUGACACGACAAGAAAUUCACUAUGCAAGACCUGUGAUCAUCCUGGGCCCAAUGAAGGACCGAGUCAAUGAUGACCUGAUUUCCGAGUUCCCACAUAAAUUUGGAUCCUGUGUGCCACAUACUACCCGGCCUCGGCGUGAUAAUGAGGUGGAUGGGCAAGACUACCACUUUGUGGUGUCCCGAGAACAAAUGGAGAAGGAUAUUCAGGACAAUAAGUUCAUCGAGGCGGGCCAGUUCAAUGAUAAUCUCUACGGGACCAGCAUCCAGUCAGUGCGGGCAGUUGCAGAGAGGGGCAAGCACUGUAUCUUAGAUGUUUCCGGCAAUGCUAUCAAGAGACUGCAGCAAGCACAACUUUACCCCAUUGCCAUUUUCAUCAAGCCUAAGUCCAUUGAAGCCCUUAUGGAAAUGAACCGACGGCAGACAUACGAACAAGCAAAUAAGAUCUAUGACAAAGCCAUGAAACUGGAGCAGGAGUUUGGAGAAUACUUUACAGCCAUUGUACAGGGUGACUCACUGGAAGAGAUUUAUAACAAAAUCAAACAGAUCAUUGAGGACCAGUCUGGGCACUACAUUUGGGUCCCAUCCCCUGAAAAACUCUGAAGAAUCCCCUCCAACCAUUCUCUUGUGAACAGAAGAAAUCAAGUCCCUCUUCCCUCCUCCCUCUUCAUUCCUGUCCCCAUGGGGAGAACAAAUGCUACUGUUCUUGCCCCCUUUUUUAGAUAUGUCAAAAAAAAAUUGAGUUUUCUAGUCCUGUUCUUUUUUUUAAAGUUUUUGUUUUGUUUUAGUUUACUUUUUGAGAUGACGCCAUCUCACUCAUCAUGUGACUGUGCCCAUUCCUGCAUGGACCUUUCCCAAGCGCUAGCACAGGUGCAAAUCCAUCAGAGCCAUUGUUUUCAUAAACAUCAAGCGGAAGCGAAGAGAAGAGAGGAGGACUGAUGGAAAGACAUCCUCUGGACAGCUGCACGGCUUGUGAAGUGAGCUAAAUGCACCACAUGAUGAGGUGCUCCUGGGCAUUUCUACCUAUCUGUACUGCUGUCUCACAGCUCUGAGGCGGUGCAACGUAAUGGCAACAGAAAGUAUCUUAUUUAUAUAUAGAUAUAUAUAUGUAAUUUAUAUAAAAUAUAUAGAAAUUAUUAUAUAUAUAUAUUAUACACUCUCAUAUAAUAUAUAUAUAUUCACACACAUUUGGACUAGAAAAAUCUAUGGAGACUUCAUCAAUGGUACUAUGUGAUUAGAGAAAUGCUUUAAUUUUCACAUUCCAGUCAGAUGGCAUCUUCUAUCCCAGCUGGUUGGGAAGAGAUUGAAAAUGGUAGUUAGUGCUGCACUAAAGGGCACUCACAUUUGGUCAUUCUCUUGAGAGCUAAAGUUUUCUCUAGGAGGGGUCAGCCUGAGGCCUGAGAGAAACGGCUUUUGCCUGGGGGCAAGAGGGUUGGAGACUUGACCUGAAAGCAGCUGCUGCCCCUGAGGUGCGGUCAGUCCUGUGUGAGGUCAAAGAGAGAAUGGCUAUGAUGCUCCAUGUGAAAUUGCCUAUUGUUUUAUGCCACCUGAUGUGUCUGCAUGAGAGGUUUCCUUUUGUUUAUUUUUAAGCUGCUGUUAAACCAAAACCAUGUUGUGCUACUGUGUCAGCCUUUUCAUUAUUGCAAAUUUUACUUUUACUAUUUAAGUGAAUGCAUAGAAUCCAGUCUGCCAAUGUUCUGAAGGCUUAUGAGGUCCUGAAGGAGCCAGACCUUGAGAGGCAGUCGGUGACCCAGGCCUGGCCAUCCUGUCAGCAGAAGGGAGAGCAGAGCUGGUGAGAGCUCAGAGGGGGAGCCGGGGCUCUGCGCUGCCACGCUGUCCCUUCACUCACCCGCCAAGGACAUGCUGGGCUCAGCUGAGGUUCCUUCCCAGGGCCCACCAACAGGGACAGGGAGUCACAGCCUUCCAGUUCUGUUUUGGGACAGUGGAACAGCACUCGGCUUGGCCAGCCACGCCAUGAGUUUGAUUUGGGUUUUUUGUUGCAGCUGCUUCAUAUGCCCUGCCCCAGCUCCCUCCUCAACAGCUGGUAGCUUACUGUUUCUUCAAGAAAAAAGUAGACUUUAAUGCUGUACAUUUGAGCUAUAGAGCUAAGAUUCACUUACUGGUGAGCUGUGAAACCAUGUUACUUUUUCCCAGAGUCUGAUGGCAGUGAUUGUGGUCAAGGGAGUCCUAGCCCACCACCCGUGCAGACAGCAGGUGUGGUUCAGGCCCUCCCCAACCCCACUGUGCUCCUUUGAAGCCAAUGUGCCUCCCUCACCUCCAUGCUGGAGGGAUGACGCAGGGAAGAAUGAAGAAACGCUUGGCCCUAGAGCUGAGGCCCUUGUCUCCCAGCCUGCUGGGUUAGGGCCUGUGCAAAGGACACCAUAUGGAAGAGGCUUUAAGCACUACCAGUCAAGUUUGGGAAAUCUGUUAACAAUUGUCCUACCAGCAUAAUGAGGCUAACUGUAAAGUACGGGGCCCAGAAUGAGGGUAAAGAAAGGGCAGCAGCUUUCCCUGAGCAGUACACUGGGUUGAUGGCAAAGAGGGAUAAAGCGAUGACUGAUUGUGACUCUGGUGAGGGAGGGGGUGAGCACAGAAGGUCUUGAUUCUCUGAUGUUAACUAAGUGGUGAAGUCUGAACCAUGUUCAACCCUCUCCCCCUCCCAGAGAAGAGAAGCAAAGAUUCAAAGUAAGCAUGACACUAGUUGGUUUACCAGUGUUCCUUCCAAGGAGACAUAUAUUUUUUAAUAAACGAUAGUUGCAAUGAA